UGGUUUCGCCGCAAUUGAACAUCGAUUUGUCCCCCCCAAGCUUCAAUUGAGCUCGGGGUGUCUGUCGCCAAUAACUUGAGGUGUCUUGCUUGUCGCCGGCGUCAACACAACCACCACCGCCAUCCCCUCCUCCCCGUCUCUGACGACGACGUCGACGACAGACACUUCCCCAGCACAUUACAUUACACCACACCACACAAACCAAACAGAGAAAAAAGUAGAAAAAAUUAUGUCGAGCCCCCUCGGACCGCGGUUCUGGGCCGGCCCGCUGAAGUACAUGCGGUGGUCGGCGCGCGAGCGGCCGGCGUACUUUUACUCGGUGGUGAUCGGCGCGGCGGGGCCGUUGAUGCUGGUGGUGGUGCCGCCGCUGCGCCGGCGGCUGGGUGACGAGGACGCGCCGAUGAUUCCGCUGACAUAUCCUGUUCCCACCGGGCCGAGGAAACAGCUGACGGGCUACGACGACGACACCGAGUGAUCCACUAGGCAGACAGACGGGUGUCGUGUGGACAGGGCAGGAUUUGGCGAGGCAAUUAUUAGACGAGGCAACCAACCGCGUGAUGGUGGAAGGCAGCAGGAAAAUAGGGGGGG